GGACUCGAGACUACCAGACAAGGAUCAUCAUGGCUCCCGGACUCGACCUCUCGCAAAUUAUCAACUCGCUGCCAAGUACCGACACUUGGGGACCACCCACCACCACAGAGACAACGCUCGAUGGCGUUCCAUACGCACCCUUUUCCAAGGGCGACAAGCUCGGCCGGAUGGCGGACUGGACGUCGGAGGGCAAAGAUCGCGAGGGACGAGGUGGCCGGCAGCAGUACAAUCAAAGGUACCGUGACCAAGUCUAUGGUGCUGGUGGGCCGGGCGGGCUGCAGACGGUGUUCAACCUGGAGCAGCAGAGCGAAGAAGGCAGCUUCUCGAUAGUGGAUCGCUCAGCUACCAACACUCGCGGACGAGGCUUUGGUGGCAGGGGCAAUGCCAUAUUCGGCCGUGGCAGAGGGCAGCGCGGUGGCCGAGACCAACGUGGCGGCAGAGGCACGUUCCAGCGAGUAGGCGGACGAGGCGGACAGCAGCAGUUCGAUCAGCGCGGGGGACGCGGUGGCAGAGGUGGCCGUCGGUUCGGCUGGAAGGAUUACGACAAGCCACAACGCAAUCGUGAAGCCUCCAUCCAGCCCAAGGAUACGUGGCGCAUGCUCGAGGAGAUCGACUUCAACCGCCUGUCCAAGCUGAACCUCGACACGGGCGAAGGCGAAGACCUGGACGACUACGGAUUCCUCUACUACUAUGACCGCAGCUAUGAUAAGCAGCCAGGCGCGCCCACUUCUGUGCGUAAACUGCAGGUCCUGGACCGUGCCGCCUACAACGUCAGCACCUCCGCCGAUCCCAUCAUCCAAGAAAUGGCUGAGAAGGAUGAAGCCACCAUCUUCGCAACCGACAAUAUUCUCUCCAUGCUCAUGUGUGCGCCCCGCAGCGUUUACAGCUGGGAUCUUGUCAUUGUCAAGCAGAACAACAAGAUCUUCAUUGAUAAGCGCGAUGGUAGCGCCCUAGACAUGGUGACUGUCAACGAGAAUGCCGCCGACGCGCCCUUGGAACUCUCCGAAGGCAACAAAGACACUCUCAACAAUCCUAUCGCGCUCAAGGAAGAAGCCACGCACAUCAACAACGUCUUCCCGUGUCAAGUCGUCCAGGAGUCAGAAACGGGCAAGCACGAAAUGAACAACCCGCACCCAUUCUACAACGCCGCCGAAGAGACCGACCCUCCGGCCUCGAAAGCCUACAAGUACCGCCGCUUCGACUUAAGUCUUGAAGCAGAUGCGGAGCCUUUGCAUCUCAUAGUCCGGACUGAGCUGGAUGCAGUAGUCAAGAACACCAUCUCGGGCGAGGACCAGUUCCUGACCAUCCAUGCUCUCAACGAGUUCGACCCUCGUGCCCAGGGAGCCUCAGGAGCGCUGGACUGGCGCAGCAAGCUCGCCUCCGCCCGUGGUGCAGUCGUUGCAACGGAGAUGAAGAACAACUCCUGCAAGCUGGCUCGCUGGACGACACAAGCCAUCCUCGCGAAGGCCGACUUGAUGAAGCUUGGCUUCGUGUCCCGCGCAAAUUAUAAGAGUACGUCUGAGCACGUUAUCUUGGGUGUGCUGGGCUACAAGCCGCGGGAGUUCGCGGGCCAGAUGAACCUCAAUCUGAACAAUGGGUGGGCUAUAGUGCGCACGUUUGUUGAUAUGGUUAUGAGGGAAGAGAGUAGUGAUGCGAAGUAUGUCAUGGUUAAGGAUCCGAAUAAGCCUACUAUCCGGCUGUAUCAGGUUCCGAGGGAUACGUUUGAGGAGGAAGAGGAUGGAAUGGAUGGU